AUGGCCACUUCACGAGCUUCAGCCUUGGUCUCCCUCCUCCUCCUCCUUCUGGGGCUGACCCUUUCCUCGGCGGCGAGGAUCCUCUCGUCGGCCUACGCUGACGGAGGGGGCGGCGGCGGUGGUAGCGGAGGGGGCUACGCCGGCGGUCGGGGUGAGGGGUACGGGCAUGGAUCUGGGUCCGGAUCCGUCUUCGUGGGAAGUGGGCCGCAAGGCGGCGAAGGAUUCGCUUCGGGGAGGGGCGGCGGAGGAGGAGGAGGCCGUGGCGGUGGCAGAGGCCGUGGCAGCGGCUACGGGAAGGGCUUCGGUUCAGGGUCCGGCUAUGUAGGGUGGGAACCGUACGGCGGGGGCGGGUCCGCUUCAGGGAGAGGCGGCGGCGGCGGAGGGGGAGGUGGCAGGGGCGACAACGGUUAUGGCUUUGGAUCCGGCCACGGUUCUGGGUCAGGCUUCAGCUCGUCAUCCGGCGGUGCGGUCAGUGGCGGCGGCGGCGGCGGCGGUGGUGGUGGAGGCGGCGGCGGCGGGGGCAAGAGAGGCGGAUCGGGAUACGGGUACGGGUAUGGCUCCGGAAGUGGUUCUGGAUUCAUUGAUUACAACCCUGGAGCUCCGGUGUCGGCGCCGACGCCCAUCGUCGAACCACUGGCGCCGGAGCCCAUCGUCGAACCGUAUCCCGCUGACGUGAAACAAAUGACAGGUGCACCUUAA